AUGGCUGAAGAAAAACACCACCGCCACCACCUCUUCCACCACCACAAGGAUGAGGAAACUAAGCCCAUAGAAACCGAGACUGGUUACGACAACCCAGCAUAUUCCAAGCCUUCUGAUGACUACGACUCCGGUUUCAACAAGCCAUCGUAUGAGUCUUCUGCUGGUGGUGAAUAUGAAACUGGUUUGAACAAAACAUCAUUUUCCAGUGACUAUGAAGGUGGGCGCAAAAAAACAGAUUAUUCUGGCAUUGAUGAGACUUCUGGUGGCUAUGGCACCGGUGGUGGAUACUCUGACACCACCGAUGGUGACUAUACUAAAACAAGUGGUGGAUAUGGCGUUGGUGGUGGUGUGUACUCUGACACCGCUGACGGUGGCUACCCCAAGAAAAGUGGUGGUGAUGGCUACGGGGAGGAUACCGGUGGACGUGAUGAUGAUGUUGACUACAAGAAGGAGGAAAAGCACCACAAGCAUCUUGAGCACCUUGGUGAGUUAGGUGCUGCAGCUGCUGGUGCUUACGCCUUGCAUGAGAAGCACAAGGCAGAAAAAGACCCAGAGAACGCACACAAGCACAAGAUAGAAGAGGAGGUUGCAGCAGCAGCUGCAGUGGGAGCUGGUGGGUUUGCCUUCCACGAGCAUCAUGAGAAGAAGGAAGCAAAGGAACAGGAUGAGGAAGCUCAUGGAAAGAAGCACCACCACCUCUUUGGCUGA